AUGGAAAAUUCAACAGAAUCUGAUUGGACAACACUGAUUUUGGACAAGCAAUACAUUUUCUCUCUAGCUGUCCAUUAUGCAUUGGUUAUCCACGAAGUCGGGAGUGAAGCACUUAAUGGAGCUAUGGAGCUGGGAACCAAAAGUUUGGAUCAUGUUUUACAAUCCCUGCCUACUUUACAACUGGAAACGCAACUCAUCCUGAUAUUUUGCACAGUAUCAUUACUGACUUGUUGGUUCACAUGCGUGAAAGUGUCAAAAUAUCGUCGUGAUCACCUUUUCCCUCCCGCUGGCUCAAACUCGAUGUAUGAUUGGAGUGUGUUCGAUUUAGCGAAGACUGCGUAUGAACCAGGUCAUACAGAAGCUGUUGUUAAAUUGGUGGAACAGUACGGAUAUGACGUCAACUACGUUAUGCCGACUAACGGACUCUCACUAUUUCUGUGCGCAUGUCUUAGUGGGAGAAGAAAUUUAAUUUUGUACAUGCUGGAAAGAGGAGCCAAUGUCAACGUGACCACCUCCUCUGGGGACACCUCGCUAUAUUUAGCUACUUACGGUGUCCUUAACUCCCCCCAAAAGGAACUAGAAAUCCUUUCUGAUCUGAUACAGUCAGGAUGUGAUGUGAAUAAACAAAACCAGAAGGGUUACACCCCUUUACAUCGCGCGGCCAGCAAAGGAAAUAUACCGGUCAUCAAAACUCUCCUCAAACAUGGUGCGGAUCCUUACCUAUGCAGUAAAUCUGGAAUCUAUCCUAUUGACAGUGCCAUUACAGCAGGUCAUGUUGAGGCUGCAGAACUGCUGAAAAUUAAUGUUAAGAAUCCUCAUGUAUGGGACGUGGUGGACCCCCACACCCCUCCACGGAUACAACUGGGUCUUCAGAGUCCCCCAAGACGCCACCUAAUGGAGUCCUCACGUAAACGGUCCCUCCACAAAGUAAUCACAUAGUGAUGACUGCUGAUAUUGAUAUGGAAGAAAAUGAGCAGAUCUAGACUUUCACACAGGAAAGUUUUAUGUUAGGUUUGAUUUUCAUAAAGUUCUGUAAAUUCUGUAUGAUUGUUUACUUACAUAUUAAAGAUAUGAAAAGGUCUCUUGAUAAGAAAUUUCAAUUUCUGUGAUAACCUAUAAAUGUUGGUAUUAUGAAAUUUUAAAUGUACAUGUAGAUAUAAACAUUUUAGUGGGGAAUAUUAUUGGUGUAUUUAUGCCUCCUCCUUCCUUUACCUAUUGUUAUGAAAUUUUUUGAAGAUUCUUAAGCAUAAGCUAAACAAACAUUGCUGAACCAGAUGGAAAAUAAAUAAAUAUGAGUAGAAUCUACAGCUUUUUAAACUUGUUUAACAUUCUUUUUAAAUUGCUGCACUAU